UGAGACGAUAAUUUUGAAUAAGAAGAAGAAGAAGAAAUCUAGAGGAUAUAUUUGUGAAGAGUGAAUUUGAUCGAGUCGAAGAGGAUAGAUAUCACAAGGUGUUUUUUCUUUUUUUUUUUUUUUUUUUUUUCUUUUAAUUUAACGUAUCUCUCGGCUUAUCAUUAUACUUCACAAUGUAUUGAAAUGGUUGGAAGCUAAUUUCUGCCGUCUCGAAAGCCUUGAAGGAAGGACAAGGGCAGCCCCGUGAUCUAAUGCGAGGCGGAGAGGAUCUCACCGUCUGUCGAUUUUAUUCAUCGCUAAUCCAACCUUGAUUUUUGGCACUGCUCGCCUUCAAUACGAAUACGAGAAUAUCAAGCAGCUUUUGUAAUCUCCGCAGAUCUAUCUGUGGCAACGUCGAUCGUCAUCCCAUCAGUUUGUAAUCUUUCAAAAAAAAAAUAAACUCUUAAAAACUCUUCCCUCUUAACUUUUUCAUCUCGAACAAUUCUUCUUCUUCUUCUUCUUCUUCUUCUUCUUCUUAUUCAAACAAAAGACAUAUUCGAAUAAUUGUAACAAACACAAUAGGAGAAAAAUAUCGCUCGCGAAUAAUAAUAUUUAACCGCGUUGCUGCGAUUCAAGCGUUGUUGCUUGUUGGGCUUCGAGAAAAGUGUGUCACCGAACCGCCUCGCCUCUCUCACUUUCUUCCGAUUCACUCUUCUCGCUAAAAACAAUCGACGCCGAUUUUAAUAAUUCGUUUCGUCACACUUUUCCACUCCAAAAAUUAAUCCCGACAAUUCUCUCCGAAUUUAAUUUAAAAAAAAAGAAAAGAAAAGAAAAACGCUUGUAAAUUUAAUUUCGCAAGAAGAGGAGGGAAAAUCGAUCGAAAAGAAGAAGAAGAAGAAGAAGAGAAGAGAUCGAAACGCAGGGAUCCAACGAUCGAGAAGAGGCGUUGUUGAGUUUUGCACGGUCCAUAAAAGAAAAAUAAAACCUGCUCGUCCGCGAAUGUAAAUAAAGGAUAAAAGCUAAAGGAUAAACGGCGGAUCGAAGACAUCCGGUAUCGUUCCAUUGUUGUCGAACGAAGCCUUGAUUUCGGCGGGACCUUCGUCGAGCGUCUGGCCGGUUCCCGAUAUCCGCCCAACGGAUCGGAUCGAUCCGUCUCACCUCUCGCGCUCUCGUGCCUCGCCGAUUCGCUUUUCGCGGACGCGCCGCGAUCUUGAAAUUCCGCGAGCCCAAGGCGCUUCGCUCGCUCGCUCGCCCGCUCGCGUGGGAUCGAGAUCGAGAUCGAGAUCGCAAGAGCGAGAAAACACGGCCGCCGGAUUCCUUUUUUUUUCCUCUCUUAAACCGGCCACGUGGAUCGAUUAUCUCGAUAUUCCUCCCCUUACGUCAUUUUUCUUUUUUUUUUUUUCCAAUCAAUAUUCAUUUCGAAUUUCGAAGUAGAUUCUUCUUCCAUCUACUUUAAUUAUUAAAUUUGUUAUAUAUAUAUGUAAAAAAAUCUCGAAGGAUCCACGAGUGAGAAUUUAUACCUCGUCGCGUGACUCGAGGUAUUUUAAUAGACGAUAGCUGGCGAGCGAUCUUAUUUCGCGUGCAACGAAAAUGGGGGCCAUCCCAUCUCAGCCUCGCCUCCUUUAAAAAUAUCCCCAAUUGAAUGAAGAAAUAUAUUCCAAUAUUUAUUUCUCCAAACUCUCUAAUCAAAUACUCUCUUGCAAAUAUACGAUCGAUCCAUCAUAGGUCCGUGAGAAACUUCUCUUCUCAAAAGAAGAAAAAAAAAAAAAGAAGAAGAGAAGAAAAUGAAAAUCAGUGUCCCUUCGUUCGCGUACGCGUUGUCGAGGGAGAGGCAGCGCGUGGGGCGGUUCGAUCGAAAGCGAAAUGAAAAAUUGGCGCGGGGGGGUGGAAAGCGGGGGAAGGGGGCCAAGCGAGAGAAGGAGCUUUGGCUGGGUGGAGGAGAGCCGAGGAGAGCUUUCCCGUUAUGCGCCUCCUCUCUAAGCCGAUUUCGAGCUGGCGGGCAGAGAGGCCGGUACCGCUAGCUUCCCAGAAAUCGACGCUCGAUAAUGCCUCUCGAUACGGAUGAAGCAAUCUCCUACUGUCGCGCACCGCCGCGAGGGGGGAAAAAAAAAAGGCUGGUGGAAAGGGGUGGGGGGGCCGGCAGUGGCAGGGCCAGGAUGGGGGAAGUCGCACAUAUAGCCGGCACACCACUAGCUCAUGUUUUAUUCAUCGAUUCGAAACAAAUUCGAAGCGUGUACUCUUCGUCGCGUGCUUCCUCUUCGUCACAGAUAACGUGGUCGUCCUUCUCUUAUCCGAGCUUUCAGGGCUAUACCUUCCCGUUCAGGGAUGUGUAUAGAAGACAUUCGAACAUUCGACGUGAAAUCUCUUCUCUUCGCCAAUUUUAUUUCUCUCUUCUUUUCCUUUCGCUGAUCUUUAGUAUUUAAUAUUUUUCAUAUGGAGGGAAUUUUUAUUUUUUUAUGUAUGUCGCUUCUUAUUACGAAAUCUUUGUGUCUUUAUUUAUCGUUUUGAAAGAUAGAUCGUGGAGGAUUGGGUUGUAAUAUAUAUUAAUAAUUCGAGUUUGGUUUCGAAGGGAUAAAGUUCGAAGGAGAGCAUCGAAGUGAAAUAUAAGAUGUCUCGUCAGCCAAUCUUGUUUCAGACAAUUUCCGUGCUCUUGAUUAUAUUUGUAAUAUUUUCGAAAGGAACGUAUUUAUCGUUGAUUUUUGACUAUUCUUUCUUUUUUUUUGUUUCUUUUUCUGAUGCCAUUAACGAAAUCUACGUCAUACAGUUUCAUAAAUUUGCGAAAGUUAUUUGACAAUUCAAAACGUUUCGAAGAAAGUUCCCGGGCGGUAAAGUGGAUCAGAUCCGAACGUAAAAAAUAAUUGCGUCUGACUUAAAUUCGAUUCUACUGAAUUGACCUACUACGUUCAGUGUUGACGCAUUGGUCAAGUAUUUUUGAGAAUUUUUUUCUAAAAGAAGAUCAAGAGAUUAUUAAAAAUGUUCUAUUCAUUCGAGAUAUUUAAUUUUUAUUCUUCCGUUUAUUAGGAUUGAGAAAAAUCUAUCCAUCAUUCGUUUUUCUUUAUUUUUUUUAUUCUCCAAUUUUGCGGUGUUAGAAUCAAUCGAAACACCACGACGAAAACCAUCGACGUUUUGUUGGAAUAAACAAAUUUAUUAUUUUAUCAAAUUAAAUUAACUAUCGAACAAUUAAAAGUUUCCUGAAUUAUUUUCUCGAAACUUUUUUACAUAAUAGGGAAAACAUGACGAUUUUAUUUUUCAACGGCAAAAAGAAUCUCUUUCUUCUUUUUCUUCCUCGAUCGAAUCGCAAAAUUGCACAACUUUCAUUCAAUCUCGUAGAAAUAAUUUCAGAUUCGAUCGAUUUUCUUGGACGGGAGAUAACGAAAAAUGUCGAUGACGAAAUUUGCAGACGUAAACAACAUACGGUGUUUUGCAUUCGAACGGGACGAAAGCAAAAUUUUUCGUCCCGUGCAAUCGCGUUUACGAUUAAUUAAUCAAAGACGAAUCUUCUUCUCAUCGAUCGCGAUCUUCUAUCUCUUUAAACCGUCCCAAUGAAACGUAGGGGAACAGGAAGAUCGAAACGAACUGGCAACAUCCGUGCUAUAAAAACCAUAAAAAUCGUAACCGUUUCUCAGAGGAGCCAAUCACGAUCGAUCGACGAAUCGACGAAUCUCUCGUAUCGGCAGAAGAUGGAACGAAACGAAGAGACGAGAAGUCGUUUAACAACCCUUGUGCAGCACCCUCGAAUGACCCCCCCACCCUCCCCCGCGAUUAUCGGAUAACGUGCGAUAACGAGAGAGAACGCUGGGAAGAAAUGGAAAAACGAAGGAAGUUUGGAGCGAGGACGUCGGAUGAUCGGGCGGACGAUGUGGGAUGGACGAGGAUGGGCCUGGGGAGGCGCGGGGAGGCAGGGGCAGAGGUGCCGAAUCGAUAAACGUCAGGUACGAUCGAAAUAAGAACGGAAUAAAGCGGUGGCCUGGCGUGGAUGGGAGCGUAGCCGGUCUCACGAGGUGCUCGUUGGACUGGAGGCGCACCACCUUGCUGCCAGAAAACCCGAUGGCACCUUAAGAAGAGAAGUCAAGGGCAAGAAGCGUCCCUUCGUUGCCCGGCCUGGCCCAGCUUGGGCCCUACUUGGACCCCACUCCGCGACACGUCGUGCCCCCACCCCCUCCCCGCACCUCCCCUCUGUGUGUAUCUCUCUGUGUAGAGAGGAUCCCCUGCUCUCUCCAGCCCCUUCACCUCCUUCUGGAUCUCCCUCCCUUCCCCUCCCAUACCUUCUAUCAUCCUUCCGUUCCGCUCCCUCCACCUUUCCAGCCCUUCUUCUCUUCGGGCUCUCCCGUUCCACACACGAACGCCUCCAAGAGUUGGAGAGUUGGAGGCUCUCUCGGUGCUUUCUUGAAAUUCGUCUCUCUACCAGCAGUAGCAGCACCAGCAGCACCAGCAACACACCGGGUUGUGUGUUAUAUACACUUACGACAGAGAGUACGACAGAGAGACCAACCUCUCCUCCCCCUUUCGUCUCAACACGAAUCCAUAUGUAUGGGGUGUGUGGCGACGCAAAUGUGCUGACUACAUUACGCCGCUAUAUAAGAUAGCCGACCAACCAUCCUAUCCCCACAGACCGAGCCAGAUCGGCAGACCGUUCACAGACGGACCAACGAACCGAUCUACCGAUACAGACACGGGCACGCAUCAUUUUUCUUUUUUUUUUUUUUUCGUUUAUCGGGACCGGCCACGGAUCGAUCGCGAAUAUCCAUAUCCACCGAUAAUCCGAUAAUCGAUCUUCCAGUUUCCGUCCUCGUUGCUCGUCGAUCGUUCGUGAUCGUCGUCGGAUCACGAUCACGAGCCCAUCAUCGCCGUGGGGUGACGUCGAAUUUCUUUUUUUUUUUCUUCUUCUUCUUCUUCUUCUUCUUUUUCUCUCUCUCUCUCCUUCUCUUAUACACCACCCGUCUUUCACCACCAACUUUCCUCUCUGUCUCUCUCUCGCUCGUCAACCUCGAAACGCACGGCCAAAACGCGUACGGCUACGAUUCCGUACAACAGAAGCAGAAAUUCUUUCCGCAAUUUUUUUUUUUUUUUUCGUGCAAAUUGCACGAUCGCGAUUUUGGCAAAUUGGCACGUGGUGAAACCAGCGGAGCUUGUUCGUUGUUCGUCGAUUUUUCGGUCACAGAGAAUAAUAUUGAUCGCCUUCUCGCGAUCUCUUGGGUACCCUAGGUCGGUGUACCCUAUCUACCGCGAAAAGGGAAAGAGAAAGGAAAAAAAGAAAGGGACGCGACGAGAUCCCGAAAUCUUUUUGUGAGAAUCGGUCAGUGAGUGCAUCGAGAGGAACGUGGAGAGCAUCGAAGAUGAUCCCUUUGACAGCCACCACGUGCUUCCUAAUCGCUAUCACGUUCCUGGCACUCGCCCUCAUCCUGUUGGAUCACCUAAGGUCCAAGAAGACGACGAAGAGCGUCGUGCCGGGUGAUGACGACCAACACGCCCUACCGGAACCACCUGGACCGAAACCGUGGCCGAUACUUGGCUCCCUUCAUAUCCUGGGACGCUACGACGUACCCUACAAAGCUUUCGCUGACCUUGUUAGAGACUUCGACUGCCAGGUGAUCAAGCUCAGGAUGGGAUCCGUGCCCUGCGUGGUCGUCAAUGGGCUGGAGAACAUCAAAGAAGUGCUCACCGUCAAGGGACACCAUUUCGAUUCCAGGCCCAACUUUGCCAGAUAUCAUCUGCUCUUCGGUGGAAACAAGGAGAACUCCCUGGCAUUUUGCAACUGGUCGGAUGUGCAGAAAGCCCGAAGGGAGAUGCUUCGCGCGCACACCUUUCCCCGCGCCUUCUCCACGCGUUUCAACGAGCUGAACGGUAUAAUUGGCGAUGAGAUGGAGUUUAUGGUGAACCAUCUGGACUCGUUGUCGGGCACGAGCGUUCACGCGAAACCGUUGAUCCUCCAUUGCUGCGCCAACAUCUUCAUCACGUAUCUCUGCUCGAAGAACUUUCAUCUGGAGCACGACGGUUUUCGAAACAUGGUCGAGAACUUCGACAAGGUGUUCUUCGAGGUGAAUCAGGGAUACGCGGCCGACUUCUUGCCGUUCCUCAUGCCUCUUCACCACAGGAACAUGGCCAGAAUGGCGCACUGGAGCCACGAGAUCCGAAGAUUCGUCAUCAAGAACAUCAUUGCGGACAGAGUGAACAGUUGGAACGACGUGGUGCCCGAGAAGGAUUACGUGGACUGUCUGAUCAACCACGUGAAGAGCGGGACGGAGCCCCAAAUGUCCUGGAACACGGCGCUCUUCGUCAUGGAAGACAUCAUCGGCGGGCACACGGCCAUUGGAAAUCUUCUGGUCAAAGUUUUAGGCUUCCUCGCGACGAGACCCGAGAUUCAGAGAUUGGCGCAGGAUGAGAUCGAUGCUCUCGGCCUCGCAGGCAACUUCGUAGGAUUGGAGAACAGAAGAUCCUUGCCCUACGUCGAAGCCAUCAUCCUGGAAACUAUCAGGAUAAUCGCCAGCCCCAUUGUCCCUCACGUUGCCAAUCAAGACAGUUCCAUCGCCGGCUUCAGAAUCAAGAAGGACACGUUCAUCUUCCUGAACAAUUACGAUCUGAACAUGUCCACCGAUCUGUGGACCAGCCCGGAGGAAUUCAUGCCGGACAGAUUCGUGCAGAACGGAAGACUGUUGAAGCCUGAACACUUUCUGCCUUUCGGCGGUGGACGUAGAUCCUGCAUGGGCUACAAACUCGUCCAAUACGUGAGUUUCGCAAUCUUGGCGAGCAUUCUGAAGAACUUCACGAUAACGCCCGUGCAAAAGGAGGAUUACACGAUCCCCAUUGGGAACCUGGCUCUCCCCGAGAUGACCUACAAAUUUCGAUUCGAGCGGCGGUAGGGCCUGAAUUAGGGCGUGAACAACGUUGUAAGUCCUGGAGAAAAUAGGGGACUGACCCACGACGGAUUUUAAAAGGGUUGCUUCGACGAAGCUUCGAAGAAAGAGAGAGAGAGAGAGAGAGAGAGAGA